AUGAAAUAUCCAACAAGGGUGAUGAGGAUGAAGCUGUACAAGAAGAGACUCUCGCCUCAUUUACUUUUCUUCUCCUCGACGUCUCAUUUAAAACUCCUGGAUACGCCCUCGUGCUACUCGAUAGAAACCUCUUCGUGUUUGUAUAAGUUGCUAGUGCAUGUUCUAUGCCUCCCGAAUGCUGUGGCAAAAAAAAACAAUCGAACCAAACGUGCGAGUGGUUGUGAGUCUAACAUUGUACUGCUAGCCCCUUUAUCUGGAGCGAAGGUGGACAGUCCGGAUACGACAUCGAUAGCAUCGUCAUGUGUUUCUUUGUGAAACACCAUGAUAGCGCAAAAAUGAGGCUUUGAAGCCUCGUUGAU